CCAGAAGAAGUUCAACUUCAACUAUAUUUCUCCCAAAAUCUCAACCACCUGUCGAACUCCUCAGCCGGCAUCGUCGGCCACGCACCGCCGCCUCCACCGUCGACAAAAACAAAGUUCUUCAAGAGGAACAAAUAUUGGUUAAGAUAGCCGGAAACAAUUAACGGUUAGUAUUUUUUGGCCUGUUACAAAUUGCCGCCUUCUUUUUUCGCUUAUCGAAUCUUUAUGAAAUAAUAGUAAUACAGAUAUUUGGGCCCUAAACGGAGGAGAUGAAUUCGUUGCCGGAAGAAAUUUUAAAGGAGAUUAUGGUGAGGUUGCCGAUGAAGUCAAUAUUAAGGUUUAAGGUAGUUUGUAAGGCAUGGCAUGCUUUAAUCAAAAGCCCUUAUUUCAGUGACCAGCAUCUUAAUCACCAACACCAAUAUUUGGACAAUAAAAACAAUCACAAUAUGAUAUACAUCACUGAGUAUGGGUGCUUGAGGGAGGAUGGGAAGGAAAACUUGGCAUCAAACCAUGAUGUCUUGAUAAUCCGCCAAGGUAGUAAGAAAUCGAAUGUUUUGUGUACUUGUCGGAGAUUGACUUACUAUGACAAGAAAUCCCGGCAGCUUUGCGGAGGAUCGUGCAAUGGAAUCCUCUGUUUUUUUGACAGGGACGGGCUGAUUUGGCUGUGUAAUCCAAUUACUCACGAGUAUUUCGAAAUCCCUAUCACCAACAACACGCGGAUUGAAGGUGAAGGUGUUAAUAGGACAGUUGAAUUGGGAUUUGGGUUUGAUUCGAUCACCAAAGAUUACAAAGUCAUCAGAAUACUGAGAUCGGGUACAGGGAUUUAUAAGCUGAGCACGAAUUGCUGGAGCCGAGUUGAGCACAAGAAUGGUGACAUUGACUUUGAACAUGUUCGUUCCAUCAAUGGUGUUGGUUCUGGUGUAUUCUUUCAUGGUUUCCUUCACUGGUUGGUUGAAACUAGAAACAUUAUUGAUCCUGCAGACCCAAAUCGCCGUAUCCUCUCCUUUGAUUUGCAUUCUGAAGAAUUCGGAUGGUUAGAUAUUCCGGAUCGUGAUUUGCAUUCUGAAGAAUUCGGAUGGUUAAAUAUUCCGGAUGGCGAAAACCAAUGUGUAGAUACGCUGGCGAUUUUGGCUGAUUCCCUCGCAUUCGUCUCCAGGGCGAACCGUGCGAGUUUUGAAGUGUGGGUGAUGCGGGAAUAUGGAAAUGGUGAAUCUUGGACGAAGAAGUUUGUGCUUCAUACACAGAUGGGUGGAUGGAGGCAAUUGACUUGUUGGAAUGAUGACGAGCUUUUACUGUUACAUGAUGAUUCCGGAGACUUGAUCUCUUAUAGGCACCUCCUUCAGAAUCGCUUUACAAUGGAACCAAUUGUUACGACCCAAAUUCAUCAUCCCAAUCUUGUAGAACCAUAUGAUCGUACUAGAGCUGUCAUUUUUCAACCAAGUUUGGUUUCCAUCAGACGGAAAACAAAUUAAUGCUUUUUUUUUCUGUCAGACGGCCGGCAGUGAUUUUCCGAUCUGGCGGUCAGUAAUGCGCCUGAUAAUCGAGAUCAGUCACGGGGGUUCCAAUGAUGAAGAACCUCGUAGUUUUGAUAAUUCCUUGAGCUUAUGUUGGAGAUGUAGCCUGUUGUCUCCCCCCUGUUUUUUUUUGGGUAAUUUCAUACUCAUUACCGUUAAUUGUUUUUUCAGCUUUAUCUUUUGUUUUCAAUUUUAAGAUAUACUCUCAGA